AUUUUUUUAAUAAAUCAUCAAAAUUUAUUGUAAUUUAAAAUGUAAUAUGUAAAUAAUAUUUUUAUUAUUUAAAUAUCUUAAUAAUUUUAAAACACUCAAAUUCAAAAUUAAAAUAUUUAUAAAAGUUUUUGUUAUGAUUAUAUAAUUUAUUUGAUAUUAUAGAUAUUUCUUUUUCAUUUACAGAUUCUACAGCCUAUAAAAAGAAGAUGUAGGGUUUUUGCCUAAAAUACAUAAGAAAAAGUUUUGUUUUAUUUUUUUUGCAAUAGUUUUAAAAAUAAAGUUAAAGCAUGAUUGGUAAAAUUAAAUAAAAACUUGAUGUAGACUUUAAUUUUUAAAAGUAAAGCCACAACAUGAUUGGUAAAAUUUAGUGAUUUAAAAAUAAAUAAAGCUAAAGUAGGGAGAUAAAGUCUAACCAAUCACUCCCAUUGAUUUGUAAGUUUAUUGUUAGUGAAAAAUAUAAUUUUCUCUUACAACCUUAAACAUCUUUUUUUUAAUUCUUUUUUAUCAAUUUUUUUUCUUUUUGAUCAAUGUUCAGAAUUUUUUUUUUUUGUAUCAAGUUUCCAUGAAAAUGAAACAGGCGGGGUGAAUUAUGGGUUAGAUCCAGGACCCGGCAUGACGCAGGAGCUGACGUAAAUCUCACAUUUUGUUUCUUAAAAGUCUCCGGAAAAUUAAAUCAAAGUUCAUUAUUAUAGAAAAAUGUGACGAAAGAAGAAAUUGGUCCACGUCCCAAACCCUUUUUAUAGGAGAGUCUAAUGUUAUGGCAGAAGACUUCACAAUCUCUUUCUCUCUCUCUAAAGUCUAAACCAAACCCAAAAAAAUCUUUACAUCUCUAUCUUUUAACAAUCUUUCUCCUUUCGUUAAUCUCGUGAUCUUCUUUAUUCUAUUUAUGGACAUAGGAUGGUCUGGUCUCACUCUUGAUUCAUCUUCUCUCGAUCUCGUAAACCCUAAACGUUUCAAAAGUAAUAAUACUCAUCGCCGCUUCUCGACUCCGUUGACGAUGUCUACAACUGGAGAUGACGUUGACGAUAACAAGACCAACAUAUCCAACGCCGCCUCUGUCCGUGACCGUCAAGAUAAUGAUCUAUCGAGUGGAGUCGCCGGUGAAAACGAUCGUGCAGUUCCCGGCGAAGUUGAUUUUUUCUCCGACGAGAAAUCUAGGGUUUGUCGUGACAACGUAGAGGACGCUGGAUUUCGUGUUAAAAAGGAGGUACAAGAUGAUCGAACGGACGUAAAUACCGGUUUGAAUCUUCGAAUCAGGAGUGAUCAAUCAGUGACCGACGACGAAGAAUCUUACGAAAUGGAAAAUAAGCGUGCAAAAAAUGAGUCAAUUAAGUUACAAGAUGAGCUAAAGAAAGUGACCAUAGAGAACCAAAAGCUAAGAGAAUUGCUUACACAAGCGAGCAAUAGUUACACUUCACUUCAGAUUCAUAUUGUUUCAUUAAUGCAACAGCAGCAAAAACAACAGAACAAGGCAAUAGAGGCUACUGAAAAUCAUGACGAGACUAUAGUACCAAGGCAGUUCCUCGAUCUAGUCCCUUCCAGAGCACCUGGCGAGGCUGAGGUUGUGUCAAAUUCUUCAACGGAAGAUAGAACUCGUUCAGGCGGUUCUUCUGCGGCCGAGAGGCGUAAUAACGAGGUUAGGGACGGAAAGAGACUUGGACGUGAAGAAAGCCCCGAAACCGAGUCUAACAAACUUCAGAAAGUAAAUAAUAGUAGCCCAACCACGUUUGAUCAACCCGCAGAAGCUAUCAUGAGGAAAGCCCGUGUCUCUGUUCGUGCCAGCUCGGAAGCUCCUAUGAUAAGGGAUGGAUGUCAAUGGAGAAAGUAUGGCCAGAAGAUGGCAAAAGGAAAUCCUUUUCCACGGGCUUAUUACCGUUGUACGAUGGCCACUGGAUGCCCCGUUCGCAAACAAGUUCAACGUUCUGCGGAAGACAUAUCGAUCCUGAUAACGACCUACGAGGGAAACCACAACCAUCCAUUGCCGCCAGCAGCAGUGGCGAUGGCUUCCACAACCACGGCCGCGGCUAACAUGUUACUAUCCGGGUCAAUGUCUAGUCACGAUGGGAUGAUGAACCCUACCAAUUUACUAGCUAGGGCUGUUCUUCCUUGCUCAACUAACAUGGCCACAAUCUCAGCCUCCGCUCCGUUCCCUACCGUCACCUUAGACCUCACCCACUCACCUCCACCUCCUAAUGGUUCCAACUCCUCCCCUUCGACAGCGGCCGCUAACAACAACCACCACCACAACUCAUUGAUGUACCCGCCGCAGCAACAACAAAUGACGAAUAUACCCCCGGGUAUGUUACCUCAUGUAAUAGGUCAGGCAUUGUAUAACCAAUCCAAGUUCUCGGGGUUGCAGUUUUCCGGUGGUUCUCCAUCAGCUGCCCUUUCGCAGCCGCACGCUGUGGCUAAUUCAAUACCAGCACUCACCACUCAUCCGAAUUUCACGGCAGCUCUUGCAGCCGUUAUUACUUCUAUGAUCAAUGGUUCGAACCACCAUGACGGCGAAAGAAACAACAAAAAUCAUUAGAGAACUAUCACAUACAAUUUGUUUGUUUUUUAUAGUCUUCAUUUUUUUCAAACUGGAUUAAUAGGAAACAUAGUUUAUUUCAUAUUUCUUCUGAUUCGUAUCAAACUUCCAGUAAAUAUAUAAAAGACAAACACUUUAGUUUCAAAUAAUAUUAAUUCGC